AUGGGUAAAAUUCCGGAAUUACUAGAAAAUGUAAUUUUGACUGGUUACUGUACUUAUCGUGUGCUCAUUGCUAUUCAUCUCAUUACGCAAAAUGCUAAAUAUGCAUCAGAAAAUGAUGUUUACGGAUGGAUUGAAAAUCAUAAUUGGCCUGAGCUUGAAAUUGCAUCUGCUAUAAUGGCAAUGAUCGGUUUACUAUCCGGUCAACGAUUUAUAUUCUGUUUUACAGUAUUCUUCUUUAUACUACGUACUGCUAUUAAUAUUACGGUUGUAACCAUCGAUCUGUAUACUCUUUCAUCCGGAAAAUCAAUCAGUUGUAUCACAAGUGAACAUUUCUCGGCCGAUGUACUCUACAACUGUAAAUGGAGCGAUGCUUUCAUCCUUAUUCAAGACGUACUCACGCUUAUCUCACUCAUUCUAAUGUCUGUUGUUGUCUUCCUUCGAUUGUUUUGUUUCAUACCUGAACGAAACGAUAUUGGAAAUGAUCCGAUUGAUGAGAAUUAUAUUGAACAGAAUGAAAAGAUCAAAUUACCAUUCUUUAUUAGCUAUAAGAAUCAAAUGGAAAAUAAUGAACAGAAUUAUAAAUAUAAUAUUAAUUACAAUGAUAAUCCAUAUAAAACAUCUGUAAUUUAA